GCUAGGCAAGGUCCGACUCGUCACUCUAGAUCUUCCUGUGUUUGCCCGUCCAUAGAAAGGCGCCCAGAGGUCGAUAAUUUCCCAUUCUGACGACCAUCGGUGUGGAGUUCUGAGAGUGUUGUAUCUGUGUGUUGUGUAGUUGCUGUUGGAGAUAUUUUCCGGGUGAUUGGGCGUGGUUUGGGUGUUGGGUUUUGGAGGAGAUGGCUUCUGAUGGAUUAUCGCGCAUUGGGUUGGCGGGGCUGGCUGUGAUGGGCCAGAACCUGGCGCUGAACAUUGCGCAGAAGGGGUUCCCGAUCUCUGUGUAUAAUCGCUCGGCUAACAAGGUGGACGAGACCGUGGAGCGUGCUAAGGAGGAAGGGAACUUGCCUGUGAAGGGAUUCAAAGAUCCGGCCGAGUUUGUGAAUUCGAUCCAGAAGCCGCGAUGCGUUAUCAUUUUGGUCAAGGCAGGGUCGCCAGUAGAUCAGACGAUCGAGCUCUUGUCGAAGUAUCUGGAGGAAGGAGAUUGUAUCAUCGAUGGGGGGAAUGAGUGGUAUGAGAACACGGAGCGUAGGGCGGAGACCGUGAAGGCGAAGGGACUGCUAUACUUGGGAAUGGGCGUUAGUGGAGGUGAGGAGGGCGCUCGGCACGGGCCUUCUCUCAUGCCUGGAGGCACCCUGGAAGCUUAUAAAUACAUUGAGGAUAUUGUGCAGAAGGUGGCUGCGCAAGUCGAUAGUGGCCCAUGUGUGACCUAUGUUGGUCCUGGUGGGGCUGGAAAUUUCGUGAAGAUGGUUCACAAUGGGAUCGAAUAUGGGGACAUGGAGCUCAUCGCCGAGGCGUACGAUGUGCUUAAAUCUGUCGGUGGGCUGUCGAACAAGGAGCUGCACGAGACUUUCUUCGAAUGGAACAAGGGAGAGCUUGAGAGCUUUUUAGUCGAAAUUACGGCUGACAUUUUCUCCGUGCCGGACGAUAAGGCUGAAGGUGAACUCGUUGAUAAGGUGUUGGACAAAACGGGCAUGAAGGGAACAGGGAAGUGGACCGUGCAGCAGGCUGCAGAACUGUCCGUGGCUUGUCCCACUGUUGCGACGUCUUUGGACUUGCGAUUUCUUUCAGGUUUGAAAGAGGAACGAGUGGAAGCGUCCAAAGUGUUCAAAUCAUUGGGAGUCAGUGACCUACUAACCGAGGUAAAAGUAGACAAACAGGAGCUCAUUGACAACGUUCGCAAGGCCCUGUAUGCGUCAAAGAUCUGCAGCUAUGCCCAAGGCAUGAAUCUCAUCCGUGCCAAGAGUGCUGAGAAGGGUUGGAAUUUGGACCUGGGAGAGCUGGCCCGAAUCUGGAAGGGUGGGUGCAUUAUCCGAGCCAAGUUCCUGGACCGCAUCAAGCAAGCCUACGACAGAAACCCUAAGUUAGCGAGCUUGUUGAUAGACCCCGAGUUCGCCAAGGAGAUGGUGGAGAGACAAAGCGCAUGGAGGAAAGUGGUGUCUCUGGCGAUCGAGGUGGGGGUGAGCACACCCGGAAUGAGUGCAAGCCUUGCAUACUUCGACACCUACAGACGAGCUCGGCUUCCUGCAAACUUGGUCCAAUCUCAGCGUGACUACUUCGGCUCUCACACUUACGAGCGUGUUGACAUGAACGAUGCUUACCACACCGAGUGGUACAAGAUUGCGAAGAAGCUGUUGAACGACAGGGCGGCCAUCACAGGCGAGCAGCUCACAAUUGGGUCUCACGAGCAGAAGCAUUCUUGAGUUAGCAUAUAUAUAUAUAUAUAUAUAUAUAUAUAUAUCCGGAUCAAGGUGUAAUAGUACCUUGAAAGCUGUAAAAUACUUUCCAUUCCUUGUUGAAGCCAGGGGAGCAGCUGCUUCGGAACCCGUAUCAGGGCCAAGAGUUGUGCAAGACUGUGCAUGUAUAAUAAAGUGCGUCUUACCCAGUUUUGGUC